UGGCUGCCAUUGAAGGAGUAAAACCAAUGCGAUCGGGAUUAUAAAGUAAUUUUAUAAGUAUUUGCCUCCUAGUUAUAUAUAUUUAAAGAAGAAAAAUGGCAACAAGGACACAGACUAUACGGCGGCCCCCAGUUCAGCCGGAAAGAGUUCACGAUUAUUUGUACGAUAACCACUAUGUAUUGGCCAGCGAGAGGGACCAUGCCAGGGCCACAUUCAAGGCUCAUACAAAUAUUGACCGUGUUAAACGGGUGCCCAACUUUCCCACAAUGUUUAGUGAGUUGCGGCACCACCCAAGGUUCCAGAUGCGCCUGGAUGUCACCGACCCAGUGCCCAGGUUUAUAUCUCGACAGUGGAGAGGGUAUGCUGACCAAGCAAGGGAAGCUCUUAUUAGAUAUACCACGUUCAACUAUGAUCCUUCUGUCAAAGUCCCACCUCAGCAGCUGGGAAACCAGGACGUGUCUGGUGCCAACAGAUACAAGUUUUUUAGGAGACCCAUUAUACCAUUCCUUCAACAGGUGCCACCAGAGGUGAUCUUAGCAACAGCAAGGCAAGACCCUCUGGCUGGAGCUGAGAGGGCAGAUCGUCCACCUACUCCUCUGACCAAGACUACCUACACACAGACCGACUACAGGGACAGCGAGGCCCAGACUGACCCUUAUACACCUGAGUAUGUUGUACGUCCAGGGUCAGCCCCGGAACUCCUUACCUUAGCUACCCUGUCACAUGGGAAGGGUUUGCCAGCAGGUUUGGCUGAGGUGGAGAUGAUAGAGAGAGCUAGAGCUAAGCGGGCAUGGGAGGCCACACUGCCGCCCCUCAGCGAUGUCUCUCAGCUGGAGACCAGGAGAAAGAUGAUGGAUGAAAUGGAGAGAAAAGAGUGGGCUCUGCGAGAACAGGAGAUUGAAAAAUUACAAGAAGCCAGACUAGAGGUCUUACAGUCUCUGUUAAAAGAGAGAGAGGAAAACCACCAGCAGCUGAAUACCAAGAGACUGGACAAGAUGUGGGGGAAGAAACAGGAGGAGAAGGAGAGAAGAGUCAAAUAUAUCAGGAAUGAACACAUCAAAGCCAUCAGAAAGCUGACAGAGAAGAGGCGAACGGUUGAAGGAAAACUAGAGCGGCGUGAUCUGACUCAGGAGUACUCCAAUCCCGGCUCCCAGACGUACGCACCCAAGACGAGGAUUGGGGUUUUCUUGGAUAGGGGCUCUGAACAGUUUGUGGUGAAGAGCCGUUACUUGGAUUCUUAUCAGGGUCUGCUGGAACUGGAACAUUCCCUGCCAGAUUUUGUGACCCAGCCCAGAAUUAAGGCUCCCAAGCCUAAGACGGUCACCAAGGCAGGAUUUGUGAAGAGAAAGUACAGGCAGGAGAACCAGCUGAGACAAGUCCAUGAGCAACUGAAGGAGGAAAAGACCCGAGGAGAGGAGCCACCCAAACCACUCCGCUUCCUCCAGAAGAUAGAGAAGCCCAUCCCACGCCCACCCACACCCACUGUGGAGACACCCCCUGAGGAAGAGGAAGAGAGAGAACUGGCAGUUAUCUAUCUACAGCAGAUUAUUAGAGGCAGGGCCACACAGAACAUGAUGUUUGAAGGCAAGGAGAAACGUAUGGAGCUGAUCAAGGAGCUGAGAAGCACACAUGCCCUGCAGGAGGCUGAGCAAUCCCUGAAGAAGGCUGAGAAACAACAGACAUUGGCCAUGCAGAGACAGCGCAGGCUUCAUGAACAUAGGGAGUCGUACAUUGAUGAAUCCCUCAGCAACAUGGAAGCCAACAGUAUUGGCGACAUGCUGGAUUUCCUUGGCAAGGAGCUGAUACGCCUGCAGGAAGAGAGGCGAGUCCAUGCCUUCUCCAUGCUGGCAGAGAGGCGCCGGAGAAUCAGGGAGGCGGAGGAGUCGGGACGCAGACAGGUGGAGGAGAGGAGGAGACGGGAGGAGGAUGAGACAUUCAAACAGGUUGUGAAGACCCACCAGUGUACAGUGGACACAUACCUGGAGAAUGUGAUCCUCAGCUCCAUUGAUGCCACGGCAGACCAUCAGGCCAGGCAGGAGAUCAGGCAGAUGGCCGAUCAGAUCAAUGAUAUUGCUUACGAAAUUGAGACCAGCCGCACCAGACUCCAGUCUGAGGAGAUUGCUGCAGAACUUGUACACAGCUUCCUGCUGCCUGAGGUCCAGAAACAGAACAUGAGGGAAAAAGUUAAAAGACAGCAGAGGAAAUACUUGCUGGCAGCACACAAGGAAAUACACAGGGACUCGGAAGACAUCAUCAAAUUAUUCCCCAAACAAACACCAGCAGCUAGUCGUGAGCCAACUACCACUUCACAGGGGGCAGCACCAGCACAGAAAUCACCCACGCCAAGGACGUCACAAGAUGGCCGCCCGCCCUCUGGAAAGUCGAAGUCAAGGUCAGGUUCAAGGCCAAGCUCAAGACCUACUUCUGCUGCAUCUGGGAGGAAGACUCCCAAAAAACAGGAUUCUAAGGAAGAUUUGGGAGGUUUGGUGGUGGAGGGAAAAUCUUCAUCUCGGCCAGGGUCGAAAGAUAAGUGAAAGGAAUAGGACUUCAAGUGAUUGCAGUUAAAGGAAUCAUUCACAUUUGCUUGGAACUGUCUGUGAUAAAUAUGGAAAAUUGGGAAUAAAAUUAAAAUAGAUUCAGUCCUCAAGCUGCUCAACCUUUACCAUGCCAGAUUGCAUUAGAAAUAUCCGUCCAAGCAAGAAAGGUUUUAUAAUGUUUCUACAGUUAUUGAUAUGUUACCUGGAAGUAUUUGGAAUUGUGACCUACAAGGUUAACCACAGGAAUAACUGGAAGAGUUUAAGCACAUGUUCUCCCUUAAAAAGAAAGCUAUUUUUUUUACUUGAUAUAACUCAAUAACAAUACUGCUUCAGUUUUGAUUGUAUUCAAAAUGAUAACAUAGAAAUAUGCCAGAACAGGACAUUUCAGGAACUCUACUUCAAGUAACAUUAAUUUUUUGCUGUACACAUUUGAUGGGGUCAAAUGGAAUUAUAUUAUUGCUUUUAUGAAGACUUUCACAUUUCAUUUGAAAUAUGUGAAAAAAAAAAUAAUAACCGUCCUUGUUACAUGUACAGCUGGUCUAAGUCUGUAUAUAUAUGUAUGCAUUUUAAUCAUUGUGAAUUGUAUAUUCCCAUUGUCCAUUUAAAUAUAAUAAAAUAAUG